UGAGCAAAAGCAGCAGGUCGAUCAGGUCUCUUUACUCGAGAAGCCCCACCCCGGCUAAAAAAGAAACCAAUUUUCUGCACUUUUUCCUGCGCUUUUUAUCCUCUCGAAUUGACGAAGCAAUCUCUGCAUUUUUUUUUUUACUUCAUUCUUGUGAAUCCUGGUCGCGAAAAAGGCGAGAGCUUUGAAUCGAUCUGCGGAUAUCCUGGUCGCGGAAAGGUGGGAGCUUUGGAUCGAUCCGGCGGGCGGCGGCGGCCAUGGCGAAGCAGGUGGAUUCGUGCGACCAUGGGGAAGUCGCUGACGCCGGCUGCGUCCGCGCCGUGCUGGCUGAGCUGGUUCUCACCUUCGUCUUCGUCUUCACCGCCGUCGCCGCCACCAUGGCCGCAGGGGCGCCGGAGGUGGCGGGGGCGGCGCUGCCGAUGCCGGCGCUGGCCGGGGUGGCGAUCGCGACGGCGCUGGCGGCGGGGGUGCUGGUGACGGCGGGGUUCCACGUCUCCGGCGGCCACCUGAACCCGGCGGUGACGGUGGCGCUGCUGGCGCGCGGCCACAUCACGGCGUUCAGGUCGGUGCUGUACAUCGCCGCGCAGCUGCUGGCGUCCUCGCUCGCCUGCAUCCUCCUCCGCUACAUCACCGGCGGCAUGGCGACCCCGGUGCAUGCUCUGGGCUCAGGGAUAGGGCCCAUCCAGGGCCUGGUCAUGGAGAUCAUUCUAACCUUCUCACUCCUCUUCGUCGUCUACGCGACCAUCCUUGACCCGCGGAGCGCGGUACCGGGCUUUGGCCCGCUGCUCACGGGCCUCAUUGUCGGUGCCAACACUAUUGCUGGGGGCAAUUUCUCCGGCGCGUCCAUGAACCCGGCCCGCUCAUUCGGGCCUGCACUGGCCAUGGGGGUCUGGACUCAGCACUGGGUCUACUGGCUUGGGCCGCUGAUCGGCGGGCCUCUUGCUGGGCUGGUCUAUGAGACAUUGUUCAUGGUCAAGAGGACAUAUGAGCCUCUGCUAGAUAACUCGUUUUAGUAGUAUGGCCCCUCAGAUGGCCCCAUAUAUACAGAAUGCAUAUAUUGCCAGGUAAAAAAGCUGCUUGUGCAGCUUGUAGGGUUCAUAAGGUUGUAUAAUUAUUUUAUUUUUUUCAUUUUGCCCUCGAGGAUUUUUAUUAAGGUUGAUAAUCAACCUUGUAAAAAGAUUGUUUGGGAUAUGGAAUUUUUUUCCAUUAGUUAAAAUGUACUAUAGUAAGGUAGUAGGUCUGUUGUAAAUCAGUGAAUGUAAUGUGGUCUGUUUUGUUUGAAAUUGGAAGAUCUCAAUUUUUGACUUGCGUUCUUCCAAGUCACAAAAA